CUUGGUGUGUUCGAGCACGUUACACGUUUUUUUUGUGAUUAAUUUGCUGAAAAAAAUUAAAUUUUAUUUUAUUAUUUUUUUUGUUAUAAUCAAAUUUUAAAAUUAUGGCUGAAGAUUUUGAUGUCGAAGCUUUACUCGAAGCAGCUGUCGAUAGUAAAAGGGAUUUGUCGUAUAAUAACAAUCAUGGAUCGAAAGGUGAUGGUAUUAAUAGCCGUGAUCGUUCACCCAAAAAUGGAUACGCUAAAGAUAAGGAUGAAAAACGGAGCAAACAUGAACUUACCAAAAGCAGAAAUGAACGUAGUCAUCGAAGUAGAUCACGUGAUCGAGGUCAUCGUCGUCAUCGCAGUAAUAGUCGAGAACGAAGUCAUCGGAGUCGUAGUAAAGAUAAGAAACGAUCACGAAGAUCUCGUAGCCGGUCAUCAAGUAAACAUCAUUCCCGAUCAUCGAAACAUCGAUCAAGUCGGAGCCGAAGUCGUGAUCGAAAACGAUCGCCUGAUCGUUAUUCAUCAAGGGAUCGACGACGUCGUCGCUCACCUAGUCCACCCAAAGAAUUACCGCUAGAAGAAAGAGAUCAACGUACUGUAUUCUGUAUGCAACUGGCUGCUCGUGUGCGUCAAAAUGAUAUUGAAGAGUUUUUUACCAAUGCUGGUAAAGUUCGUGAAGUUCGAUUGAUCAUGGACAAUCGAACACGUCGUCAUAAAGGAAUAGCAUAUGUUGAAUUUGUUGAUAUUGAUUCAGUCGGAAGGGCUAUUGCUUUAACAGGAACUCGUCUUUGUGGUGUACCCAUUGUUGUCCAACAUUCACAAGCCGAAAAGAAUCGUUUGGCUAGCAUGAAUGCCUCACAAGCGAAACAGCAUCAGCGUGUUCAGGUUACCGGACCAAUGAGCUUAUAUGUUGGAUCUUUACAUUUCAAUAUUACGGAAGAGAUGCUUCGCGGUAUAUUUGAACCGUUUGGGAAAGUGGAAAAAAUUGAAUUGUCUCGUGAUCCCGAAACAAAUCGCUCUAAAGGGUAUGGUUUUGUUCAUUUUAAAGAUGCUGAUGAUGCUAAAAAAGCUAUAGAACAAUUAAAUGGUUUUGAAUUGGCCGGACGGCCUAUGAAAGUUAAUUAUGUUACAGAACGCUCAUCAUCUGACAAUCAUCAUUCUCAUCAUCAUCACCAUGGAGCUUUAGAUUGUGAUGAAUUAGAUCGAACAGGUAUCGAUUUAGGUGCCACAGGUCGACUACAAUUGAUGGCUAAACUUGCCGAAGGAACGGGAAUUGAAUUUCCAAAGGCAGCAAUGACAGCGUUGCAGAUGAGUGGUCAAUCGAUUACAAAUGGAUCGGUAACUGCAACGAAUAGUGGUCAGCAAAAUAGCCAGAUUCCCAUAGCCACACAAUGUUUUCUCUUAUCAAACAUGUUUGAUCCAAGAACCGAAGCGAAUCCAAAUUGGCCAGAGGAAAUAAAAAACGAUGUGAUUGAAGAAUGUCGUAAACAUGGCGGCAUCGUACACAUCUAUGUAGAUCCCACAUCAAAUGAAGGACAUGUUUAUGUGAAAUGUGCUUCGAUUUCAUCAGCAGCCGCAUCGGUCAACGCAUUACAUGGACGAUGGUUUGCAGGUCGAUUAAUUACAGCAGCAUUCGUUCCCGUUAUUCAUUAUCAUAAUCUAUUUCCUGAAUCAGCAAAUACGACCACUCAUUUAUGAGUCGAUUAGAAAUAUCAAUCAAUUGCUUCUUCAUCAAAAUCAAUAAAUUUUUAAAGACAUUUCACCUUUAUCAACAGGAAUUAUUGUUCAUAUAUUUUUUACAAUUUCAGUUAUCAUCAAAACGAAAAACAAAGAAUUUGUUUAAUUUUUCAGCGAAUCAUCAUAUUAUUUCCCAUAUAAUUCAAUUCUUUUGUCGAUUUGAAAUAGUUUUGUAAAUAAAAUUAUUUUAUUUUAUUAUUCGAAAAAAAA